CAUCAUAAUAAUAAAAACUUAGCACAAAACUAUAAUGUAAUCUUAACCAAAAUUAAAAUGAAAUCAAAGGAAUAAAAGAUAAACUUUACAAUAAUUUAUUACUCAAACAAUUGGUAGGCAUCUUCAAAUUCAUAGUAAUGUAAAUUGUGUUUUGAUAUAAACACAAAUUCUUAUUUCCAAAAAAAAAAACUAAAUAUUAAUCCAAACCAAAGUUAUAAAAGAAAGAGAGAAGACUUUGUGAUGGAAAAUUAAAAAGAAAAAAAAUACAAUACCAAGAUACAUAUUUUUAUAAUUAAAAAAACAAUUAACCUUAAUCAGAGUUAUAAGAAAUAACAAAAAUCCACCAAAAGAAAGUAUAGAGAGAGAGAGAGAGAGAGAGAGUACUCACUAUUUGUUUGUGGAAAAUAUAUGGAUUAAAUGAGAGAUAAUAUCGAAUUUAUACAAAAUAAAAUGGAGAGAAGAAAAGUCAAAAUAUAAAAUAUAUGAAAUGAUGAAAAAAGUAUAACAGUAAAGUAGAGAGUAGUGGGAAGAUAAAGAAACAAAGAGGAAACAGAAAGAUUGGAGGAAGUGUAACAGUAAAUGUGGACUAAUAAGGAGAAUAAAUGUUUUUUUAUAUUAUUAUUUAAUAAUAGGGAGAGUAAAAGUUUAAAAAAAGAAAAGAAGAGGUAGAAAAUAAGUGAAAGAUGUGACCAUUGAUGUGGUUCAACAGGAAUGUGGCAACAAUAAAUACUAAGCUUUGGCUUUAUAUAUAUAUAUAUAUAAUAUAUAUAUAUAGGCCUUAAUAUCUUUGACAAUAUUAAACCGGGCAACUGUAAAUACUUUAGCCAUUCUAGUUAUGGUGUUGUGUAUAAGUAAGCUAUUGGUAAUUAUAGUGACAAGAAAGAAGUGUUCAUUCGGUAAUUGCAGAUUCUGGUCAUGGUUGAUCUGGUCUUAGAAAAACCCAUCCACCCUUUGUUUAUGUAAGUAUACAUUCUUGGUUGAAAUGACAGCUUUACUUGCACUUGGUUGUAUCUUUGUAAAACAGCUUUGAUUAUAAAUCCUCCAAAGAUGUUAUUGAUGAAUUAUAGAAGCUGCAUUGAAAAUUCGAAGCAUGCAAUAUAUUUUUGAUCGACACAAAAAAACUUUAAAAUAUCAGUUUCUUCUCACUUUCUAAAGAUGGGCUCUUCUAUUCCUAUUCUUGUCUGCUAUAGUCCUUAGCAUGGCAGAUGCAGACUAACCAACAACUUUUAUACUGGGGGACUCAAUCGCUGAUGUUGGGACCAACAAUUUCAUACCAGGAAGCCCAGCAAGAGCCAAUUUUCCUUACAAUGGCAUCAAUUUUCCUCACUCUAGACCCACUGGAAGGUGCUUUAACAGUGCAGAUGUUCUUGGUUAGUAUACUUCUAGCCCAAGCAAACUUUACGUUAAAAUAAAUUGUACUUGUCAUAAAACCAGGCCACAUGUUUCAAACUAAACUUAAACUAGUGGCAUUAUUCAAUUAAAGUUGACAUUGCCUUUUUUUUUUAAUGAUGGUUUCUUGGUCAGCCAAGGUAAUGGAUUACUAGAAAAGUCCACCACCUUUUCUUUCUCUUGUAAACUGUUCAUCUGGUCUAACGAACCAUAGCAUCAAAGGUAUAAACUUUGCCUCUGGAGGGGCCCGCAUUUUGGACAUAACAGGACAAUCAAUGGUGAGGGCCUCUCUGUACUCAGAACCUUUAGCAUGCCCUUGUUAAAUUGAGAAACGGUCUAGAUUAAAUGAGAAUAAAUUCUGGUUUUCGUAUAUAUUCCUUGAUGUCAUAGUGAAGAACUUAAAUUUAAGAUGAAUCGAUCUCUGUGUUAUUGCAUAAAGAUGUGACAGGUUGUAAUAUUCUGAUCAAUGGUGGAUAAUCACACCAUACAUAUUGUGAAAGGCUAACUAAUGUUGUUGCCUAGUGGCAGUUUUAAAAUGUAUCACAAAGAACUCUGCCAGGGCAUGAUGGCUCAUUAUUUCCUAAAGAAAGAUGUAAUAUAUAUAUAUAUAUAUAUAUAUAUAUAUGAAAUCUUUAUUCCUCUUUAAGCAUUGUAUUGGUUGAGUUUAUCAUAUUGUCCUCAGUUAACGUCAAUGAAGUUUGGGAAAGAAAAUACUCCAUCCUCAUCCAAAAACAAAAAGAAUGUCAUUUCUUUGGCUGUGCAAAUACUGCAAUUUGCCAGAGUCCAAAACGAUCUUAUGGGUACAAUGGGUCAAGCAGCAAUGGAAAAGUUUCUUUCCAAGUCUUUGUUCUUCAUUAGCAUUGGUAGCAAUGAUAUCUUUGCAUAUUACCAUUCAAACAGUUCUCUAUCAAAGCAGGAUUUCAUGUCCAAUUUAGUACUCACUUAUGAAAACCACUUAAAGGAUCUACUCAAUCUUGGAGCAAGGAAAUUUGGCAUUAUGAGUGUUCCGCCAAUUGGUUGUUGUCCAUCUCAUAGAAUCUAUAAUGCUACUGGGGGGUGUUUAGAGGAGUUGAAUGACCAAGCAAGAGCUUUUCAUGCAACUGUUGAUUCCCUAUUGCGCAACCUCAGCUAAGAAUUUGAGGGCAUGAAGUACUCUCUCGGAAAUACAUUUGAGAUGACACUCAGUGUUAUUGAGGACCCACUUUCAUUCAGUAAGCAAUUCGCUCCUAGAAAAAUAUUUCAUUCAUUUAUACAUGUAAAGGAAAAGUUGUUCUUAAUCGCAAUGUAUUGGCCCCUCGGCAUUUCUACCUACUGAGUUGCUUAUUUUGAAGACAGUC